UUUGCUUUAUGGUUAGAGUUCAAUCUCGGCAGCAGCUUCAGCAACAACAGCAACAGAGGCGGAGGCGGCAACUUAUGUCACGCACGUGAGCCGAGGCAGACUCAAAAGCUAUGAAAAAGAUAUACAUUGGCAAAACAGCCCUCAAAAGCCAGAGAAAUGGUUGCAAACAUCAAAAGAGAAGCUCUUUCCACGACCACAAAGAGGACCUCCGAAAGCGCCUGUCAUACACCACGCACAAGCUAGAGAUGGUGGAAAGCGAGUUCGACUCCACCCGUCAGUACCUGGAGACGGAACUGCGGCGGGCCCAGGAGGAGCUGGAGAAGUUUACAGAGAAGCUACGCAGAAUCCAGAGCAGCUAUGCGGCUCUGCAGAGGAUCAAUCAGGAUUUGGAGGACAAGAUGCACAGGACGUCUCAGCACCACGAAGAGGAGAAGAGAGCCCUCAGCCGUGAGAUUAUCGUCCUCAACAACCAUCUCAUGGAGGCCAAACUCACUAUCAAUAAACUCAAGGAGGACAACGACCUGUACAGGAAAGACUGCAACCUGGCGGCCCAGCUGCUGCAGUGCUCGAAAUCUCAUUACAGAGCUCACAAGAUGUCUGAGCUGCCACUGGACUUCCAGGAACGCGUUAGUUCUCACAUAAAGAAACAUAAUCAGGGUAGCGAAGCCACCAUGACAGUGUGUCACUCCAACUACUCUGACGCUGUGCCCACAACCAUCAUAGCCAAGUUACUGGAAAAACCAGAACCGGGAAACAGUUGCCCCGUCACUCGCUCCCCGAGUCCACACCCGCAGGAUGGAGACUCCCUGGCGGAACCGGGGUGUAACGAUCACUUCAACCGCCGAGUUGCGUACAAGUCCUCCGACCUGUACUGCAGCGAUACGGCCCUGUAUUGUCCCGAACGUUGGCAGGAAACGGAUCGCCGGCAGAGCAUCGACCUCCAUGGGACCACUAUGCUCCAGCUCCAUGCCCAAAACUCCACAGACAGCAACCCCGAUGAGGAAGCCUACCACUCCGGUGGCUUCGCCCAUCAUGAGCCGCCGUUGUCCUUUCACCGCCAUGAGGAUUUCAGCGCCGGAAGCCUCCCUGCCUCCAGUUCCUACUCGAGUUUCAGCCUCGCCUCAGAUGACAAAGGUGGCUUAGCGGGUGGGGGUGUACGCACUGGUAGUAGCACUUUAUCCACUUCCCACCAAGGUCUGUACAUGGACUGGCGGGAUGGCGGUAGCGGGGAGUACGAACGCAAAGGCAUGUCUUCCUACGAUAAAGACGGCUCAGAUUUCCCCAAGUCCAACAGUAUCCAGCACAUUGCGACUUCGAGAAGUCCGCAGAAGGGCACCUCGCCGGCAUACACGAGGACCGGCUCUUGCUUCAGCGAACCGUACCAUUCCAGCACCCCUCGCCUGGCCUCGUCUCACAGUAUGGGAUCUACAACCGGGUUGGGUCAGGUACAAGGUACCACCCUGGAAAGCAAGGCCGAUAUCCACGUCCAAGAAGACGAGCUAAGCGGCCGCUGGAAGCAGUUGAGUGUGGAAGAUAUCAACACGUUCUCGUCUUCCUAUCGGAACGUCACAGGACGUAGCUCGCCGUACAGUUUCUCAGAGUGCCACUACGCCAUGGGCCCGUCGAGCAAGGCCAAGGGAUCUCACUACAGCAGCUUCCAAGAGGGAGAUGACGUCUUCCACAGCCACAUGCUGGAUCAGUGUUUCGCCUUGGGUUCCCCUUCCCCCAGUCGCAGCCCCAAACAUCCACCGGCGGAGUUUCGUAAACAGAAAAAGAACUCCACCACGUAUAGGGCCAAGGACGGCAAUCCAGAAAGCUCGUUGCUCUCAGGAAGUUCAAAGGAGCGUGUCAAGAAGGACUUUGUCAAUCUGAGUGCGGCAAGCUCGGCCGAGUCCUUACACCAAAGUCCCUUGGAAGCCUCAAGUCUUCAGCAUUACCCGAGCCCCAGGCCGAGUAUUCGGCAACGCCCGAGCUCCAGCUCCGCACUGAGCGCUGUCGGCCCGGCGCUCCCUAAGAAAACCUCUUCGAGAUACCAAAAAUUUGGCAGCACUGGGCUGACGAGGAAGGACAGUCUGACCAAGGCUCAGCUCUACGGCACGCUGCUCAACUGAAGCACCGAGGAAGGAGCUUGUUUUAUGCAUGACGAUGAUGAUUACUAGCCUUCUGUACUGUACCGUCUCAAAAGUUCUCCGCAGCAUACUUGGUGUGACGAGGGUGUUCAGUGUUUCAUGUAUCCUAGCCAAGGCAUGUUUCAUUGAGUCUGCGACACCUUUUCUAUCGUAUGUCAUAUUAAAGUGUAGCUUCUAGCU